AUGUUAGCUCAAAGACUACGUAAUCUUCUUGCUCAAAAGACAAGAAAUAUUUCCAGGAAAUUACAAAGAGCAUUAGAAGAAGUCAGUGAGGCUGUUGCUAAUGAACACCGUCGUCAUCAUCAACGUCAUCACAGAGAGGCUGUGCCUGUGCCUAUUCCGGUUGGAAACAGUAAUAGGGGGUUUGGGAAUCCGGGACGGAUGUAUGGUCAUUAUAGGUUUAUGGUAUUAGGUAUUGGUGGACCACAAUGUGUUAGAUAUUUCAGUGGGUUUGCAGCUGGUGCAGCAGCGGCAGCAGCAAAUGGGGCAGGUGCUGGGGCUGGAGGUACGAAUUGGACAUAUCAUCGCUUAAAUCAUCAGUUUACUUCAAAUCGAUGGUUUUGGAAAUAUAAAGUAUUCCAACAUUUUUUUAAUACCAAGAGUGGUUAUCAUAGACAUGGACUGAGGAUAUUACGGAGAUUAAAUCAUCAUGGAUAUAUGUUUCAUAAUUUUAGUCAAGCUUAUCAAAAUAGUUAUAGAUCUAAGAUUUAUCAAACUACAACAAAUGUGAAAUUUAUUUAUAGGACUAUUUUUAAUAAUUUACGGGAGAGGGUUCAAGCAUAUCCAAGAUAUCAAUUUGUCUUCCAACAACAACAACAACAACAACAGCAACAACAAAAGCAACAAACACAGAGGUUUAAUCCUAAUAUUAGAUUAAAUCUUUCCCUCACACCAAAACAUCAUCAAGUUACGUUAAAACUCGCAAAAACCGAUUCCACCGCCACGAUUCAAGAACGUCAAGAAUGUAAUCAAAUGAAUAUUGGUUCAUAUAUUGAUUUCCCCAUUGGGUUUCAAUUCUCAAUCCCUAAUGAAACCAUACUUUCUGAUGAAAUAUUGGAAGAAAUGAUGUAUAAUAUAAAAACAUUUGAAAAGAAAUUGGGGGAAUUAAGGCAAGAUAUUUUGAAUUUAUUUGAAUUAGGGGAAUUACCGAUUAAAUAUAUUGCCGAUAAGAAUGUAUUGAGAGUAUAUUUCCCCAAUUGUGAUAAAGAAAGAUUAGAGAAGUUGUGUCAGGAGAAGAGUAUUGUUGGUGGGAUUAUUUUUGAAGAUGUGUCUGAGUUAGAAGGAGAAGAGGUUGUUCCUGCUGUAGUUGCAACAAGUGAAGUGAUUGAAGAAACCGGGGCCCCCGCUAUGACGGCAUCAUCAACUAUGAAUACAGUUGAUUCUGGAGAUAUUUUAAGUUCAUAUUAUUACCUGCCUGCUGAAUCCGGUAGAGCAUCAUCAUGUGAUAAUUCUUCAUCUAUGUCUUCAGUAACUGAAUUUGAUGAAGAUAUCUUAUCAUCUUCAAGUGGAGGGAAUUAUUUUUCUCCAUUAUCAGAUAGUGAUAUUAUUCGUCCUCAAGAUAUUAUGAUGCCUGAGAAUAUGAAUUUUAGAUUCCCGGAACCACAACAAGAGAUAGAGACGCAACAACAACAAGUUGCUAAUGGUGGUGUUAGUAGUUUUGAUGAAUAUGAUGAAUAUUAUUGGAUUAGUGCAAGUUAUUAA